AUGGUUAGUGCCUGCCAUGAUUCGAAUACUUGUAAAUCAGAUACGAAUGAUUCCACAACAUUUAACCCAAGUUUAUCUCGACAAGCAUCGUACAAACGUCAAAGUUCUGAUAGUAACGAUCAGGAUGAUUUUGAAGAUACUUGUAGUAAACAGAGAUGUGCCACAACGAAUAGAAUGAUAGCAUGUCCUAUUGCUAAGUUUGGUUGUACUUCUGAGUUGCCCUACGAAAAUUUACUUGAACAUUAUUCCACUCAAAUUCAUCAAGAAACACUUAUAAAAGUAAUAGAUAUGUAUAUAAGACAGAUGCAUAGUAUACCAUAUAAUCAGCAUAUUGAAUCCGCUGUAACAAAGGAUGAAUAUUCUAAAAUAUCAAGUGCAGUAGAUAUUCUUACUGAAGGCGUUUCAUGUUUACACGAUGAUAAUGUACAAAUACAAACUAAUAUUAUACAAAUUCAUAAUAAUAUUCUUGAACAACAAAAGGAAGUAAAACAAUUACAACAAUCAUCUUAUGAAAAUUCUCAAAUACUUGAUGCUACUCAAAUGAAUUGCAAUAUGAUACAGACCGAAAUAAAUACAAUCAAACAGACAUUAUCAGAUGUAUCAAAUACGAUGUCAAACAAUGGAUCUUACAUUUGGAAAAUUACAAAUAUCGCUGAAAAAGUAGCAAAGGCUAUUAGUGGUGAACAAACAAGUAUCUAUUCUCCAGCUUUUUAUUCCUCGUCAACAGGUUAUAAGAUGUGUAUGAGAUUAUAUCUGAAUGGAGAUGGUAAUGCAAAAGGAACGCAUUUGUCAUUAUUUUUUGUCUUGAUGCGAGGAGAUUAUGAUGCCAUUUUAUUAUGGCCAUUUAAGUAUAAAGUAACUUUUUGUUUAUACAAUUUAGUAGAUAAUCAAUCUCAUAUUAUUGAUGCAUUUCGUCCAGAUAGUAAAUCAAAUAGUUUCGAUCGGCCUAAGUCUAAUAUGAACAUAGCUUCAGGUUUAACGAAAUUUUUUCCAUUAUCCAAAUUUCAAGCAGAAAAUAAUUCUUAUGUACAUGAUGAUUGUAUGUUUAUUCGAUGUCUAGUUGAUUUUGACUCACUACCAAAGAACUGUAUACCUUAUAAAAUUAGUCUCAAUCCAGGAAUACCUAUCACGAUGCAAGAGCGUAUGAUUCAAGCCGAAGUUCAGAAAUCUCGUACAACGGAAUCUAAUCUAACGACAUUGUCAAGGAAAACAGACAAUUCGAAAGUAAACGAAUGA